CAUUAUGAGCGAUAAAUGUCCACAUAUUCAUGGUUCUUUCUGACUUUCGUUCGUCCACCAGCGAAGCAGAACCAACGCAUGUCCAAAGAUGGCUUCCUGAUGUACCUUCACAUGGACGAGGGCUCCAUCUUCAACCCGGCACACAAACAGGUGUAUCAGGACAUGCGUCAGCCCCUCAACCACUACUACAUCUCAUCGUCACACAACACGUACCUGAUGGAAGACCAACUCAAAGGGCCCAGCAGCACAGAAGCCUACAUAAAAGCGCUGAUGAAGAGCUGCCGCUGCGUGGAGCUGGACUGUUGGGACGGGGCUAACGGAGAGCCGGUCAUUUACCACGGAUACACACUCACAUCCAAAGUGCUCUUCAGAGACGUCAUCAAAGCCAUCAACGACUACGCCUUCAAAACCUCUGACUACCCGGUGAUCCUGUCCCUGGAGAACCACUGCAGCGUGGACCAGCAGAAGCUCAUGGCCCAUCACCUGAUCUCCAUCCUGGGAGAGGCUCUGCUCACGAAGCCUGUGGGAAACACCACGCUCUCCGACUUCCCCUCACCUGAGGGGCUGAAGGGCAAGUUCCUCAUUAAGGGAAAGCGAUUAAACAAACUGGAUGCUGCGCUCAACAACAACAACAGCACCAUAGAAGAAGAAACCGUGUCUGAGGAGGACGAGGCUGCAGACUGUAAAGAGAACGGACAUAAAUCUAAAUCAAAGAAAUCCAAAAUCAAACUAGCCAAAGCGCUGUCAGACAUCGUGGUCUACUGUAAGAGCGUCCACUUCAGCGGCUUCGAACACGCCAAGGACUGCCAGGUCUUCUACGAGAUGUCGUCCUUCAAGGAGAGCAAAGCCUUCAACCUGGCCGAGAGCUCAGGUAAACAUCCCACUAACAACCAGAG